AAUCUGGGGUGAAUUCUCCGCAUUUUCUUUAUCUGUGAUCUUUCCCUAGCGAAUGAUCGAGUCCACUGGGUUUACUGAGAUCAUUGCAGAUUCCAACCUCUCAACAUGCGUCUCUCUCCGGCAUGGUACCAGUUCCUGGUCGGCGUCUUUGCCUCUCUUGGCUCCUUCCUCUAUGGAUACGAUCUGGGUGUGAUUGCCGAGGUCAUUGCCAGUGGCUCUUUCAUCUCCAAGUUUGAAGCAGACAGCACUCAACAAGGCCUUGUUGUUUCCAUGUUCACUGCAGGUGCCUUCUGCGGUGCAGCAUUCGCAGGUCCCACUGGUGAUAGACUGGGUCGACGAUGGACUAUCACGAUCGGGUGUAUCAUCUUCUGCCUUGGCGGUGGUCUCCAGACAGGUGCUCAGACUAUCGCGUACUUAUACAGCGGAAGAUUCUUUGCUGGUCUCGGAGUCGGUUUCCUUACCAUGAUCAUUCCCCUGUACCAGGCCGAGAUUUGCCAUCCCAACAUCCGUGGUCGGGUGACAGCUCUUCAACAAUUCAUGCUCGGCGUCGGCUCUCUGUGCGCUGCUUGGAUUUCCUAUGGCACAUACAUUGGCUUCUCUGAUACCAACGACGCCCAAUGGCAAUUGCCCCUGGGUCUGCAGAUUGCACCAGCGGUUUGUCUGGGCCUUCUCAUCAUGUUCUUCCCUGAGUCUCCUCGUUGGCUCAUUGACCACGGAAAACACGAGCUUGGUUUGAAGACCCUGGCACAGCUCCACGCUCACGGUAACGAAGAUGACGCAUGGGUGCGGGCAGAAUACCAGCAAAUUCAAGAGAGCAUCAAGUACGAGCACGAGAAUGAAGCUAAAUCCUAUACGGAACUCUUCACAUCACGUUCCUCCUUCCGCCGUCUCUUUCUUUGCUGUGCCAUUCAGGCGUCCGUUCAGAUGACAGGUGUAUCUGCAAUCCAGUACUACUCAGUGACCAUCUAUGAGCAAAUCGGUAUCUCUGGCGACGAGACCCUGCGCUACCAGGCCAUCAACUCCAUCAUCGCCCUGAUCGCCCAGUUCCUCUGCAUCCUGUACAUCGAUCGUUUCGGUCGGCGUUGGACCUUGAUCGGCGGCAAUCUGGGCAACUGCGUCACCUUCAUUAUCGCCUGUGCUCUGCUGGCCAGGUUUCCUCCAGAGGUCAACAACACGGGCGCUCACUGGGGCUUCAUCAUCAUGACCUGGCUGUACAACUUCUCCUUCUCCUGCACAUGCGGUCCUCUGUCAUGGAUCAUCCCCGCGGAAGUCUUCGACACCCGCACACGUUCCAAGGGUGUGUCGCUGGCGUGUAUGGUGUCGUAUGCCUUCAACACCAUGAUCGGUCAAGUCACUCCUAUCGCGAUGGAGAGCGUCCGUUAUAAGUACUACUACCUCUUCAUCAUCUGCAACUUCACCAACGCUGUCUUCUUCUGGUUGCUCCUCCCGGAGACCAAGAAGCUGCCUCUCGAGGAGAUGAACUACCUUUUCUCCAACUCGCCUUGGAUUGUCGUUGGCACGCGCAAGGAGGACUAUGUCACCCACGAUCUGGAGCGUCGUGUUGAGGAGCAGGAGGAGAAGAGAGGUGCUUUUGCCACGCACGCCGAGAUUCAGGAGUAGGAUCUUGAACAAUGGUUCCGCAUGGGGUGGCCCCUCAAUGUAGGUUGAUGAAAGGACUACAAGUCCUAGUGAGGUAGGGAGCGUGUAAACUGCC